AUGGAAAUCUUGGAGGCAGAGGAGAGCGGCACCUCUGUACACUCGAACGAGAGUAAGCGCUGCUCGCGAGGCCGCUUAGUGACCCGACACUCAACGGCCGGACCGGCCUCGGCCUCGGCUGUGGAGCGCCUACCCCGCCGCGUGAUGCUGCUGAGCACCACCAAUUUCUGUAUCUGGGGACUGCAGCCGAGCACUACUGCCCAGGACCUUGUCAAUGUGUGUCAGUUAUACAGCAGGAUUGUUUCCACUAAGGCCAUAGUGGACAAGACCGCAAACAAGUGCAGAAGUGAGAGGACAGCUCUCCCUGGUGACAGAGCGGCUCUCUGUCUCCCGACCGCUUCUGUUCCAUGGAUCGUAACUCUUCCUCCAACUCCUGAAGAGCCUGGGCCUCCCACCCCCUCCUACGCCCAUCUCCCAGUGAUGCUGUGUCUAUGGCUUCGUGGACUUGGCGGUCCUUGGGCAGCACAAAAAGCUGUAACAGCACUGAGAGCCAGUGGUGUGCAAGCACAGAUGGCCAAGGUGAGCGAAUGGGACCCCAUAAAUUUAUACAUAUCAUAUCUCCCACUGUCAGUGGAUCAGCAAGAACUGGAGGGAAUGUUGAAGCCCUUCUGACAAGUUAUCUACACUUGAAUCCUUCGAGACAGCAGGGGGACCAGCAGAUGGGCUGGCUUUGCAAGGAUGGAGUCCACACAGAAGUGUGAAGCCAUCAUCACCCACUUUAAUGGAAAAUACAUCAAGACACCCCCUGGAGGAUGAGGCCCACCUGAUCCCUUGCUUUUCAGAUUUGCUGAUGGUGGUCCAAAAAAACAGCAGAACCAAGGAAAAUUUGUGCAGAAUGGAUGGGCUUGGCCAAGGAAUGGAGACAUGAUAAGAGGACCUUGGAGAAGCUGGGGGCACUGUUUCACCCAGCUCCAUAGAGCAUCACCCCCACAGAAUGCUCUCUCAGUCUGCACUCCCCAUGUCUUCCAUCUCCUGUGUCUUCAUACCAGGAUUUUUAAAUGUCUGUCUUCAGUGGUCCUGGUAGUCCCGUCACUGCUCCAGGUGGCCUCACAGAGGUGCUGCCCACUGACACUGCAUUUACUUUUGCUGCUGCCACCAGGGCUCAGUCCUGAUACCAGGGACCACCACCCGAUUUCUCUCCAGCCAGCCCUGGUGAUGGGACCUCUUAUCCAGCAACAGGGCCACCUCUCCCUCAUCAGCACAGGCACAGUAGGGUGACUUCUGGUUAUCAGCUCCUGACGAUAAGGAGACCUGUGUGCUACUCUUCAGUAGACACUUGUGAGUGAACAUGGGAAUCGCUCCAGUGUCAUCGAUGGCACACUCAAAAUAGGAGCUAAACUAAGAAGAAGAUGAUCCAGCGGCCAGGAAAGCAGCCAUUCUGCUCCCCAGCCCGCUCCCUCCAACUGAUUCCUAUAUGUGGAACUAAAAGUGUUUCUACCUACAUACUAGUUUAUCUAGGAAUUCAUACACAUUUCCUAGAAAGGUUUAUCAAAACAGUAACCUAGAGGAAUGGAUGAAGCCCUUUUGGUUUCUUGUAGGCCUGCUGUAUUCUGAUGGGCACCUGAUGGCUUCAUAGUAGAGGAGACAGCAAGCGAGGAAAAGCAGGAGACAGGAGGGGGAAGGGAGUCACGCAGGCAGAAGUCUCUCCAAGCUGGAGCGCUUCAGGACCACCCAAAUCGCUUUUGAAUGAUUACAUGGCUAAAUUAUAGCAUGAAUAUUUUUUAAAGAUCCCCAAGCUUUAA